CGGUCAUGCCUCCGGCAAAUAAUCCUCAAUCUUUCAGCAACCCCGCUCAUCGAAGAUACCUUGGCUCAGAUCGUGGACGGGCUGCCCACCCGUCAUGUUUCCGAGCGGGAUCGGCGCUUCUAUGAACCGGACCUCAACACACAUCUCCAAGUGAGCCUCCAUGUCCGGGAGCAAGUUCGGGCUUGGAGAGACACCUUCGCCCCCGACGUGGUCGAAAUCGACUUUGAUGUGGCGCAAGCCUACCAAAACAGCGUCCUCGGGACUCGGUCCUUCCGUCUGCGCUUCAUCGAAAUCACCGCGAUGGUUAUACACGUGGCACCGUGGCCGCGCACCUGUUCCGCUUCACCAAUCAGGCUCCCUACCAAUCGGGCCUUCGACCCCAUUCCGACGCAUCUAUAUCAUACCCGCUUUGUCGAUCAUGAUCAAUACCCCCUGGGCGUGGUGGAUGUGGCCGGUUCCUGGGCUGAGUACCAACUCUUCGGCGGCGUUGUUCUCUUCGACCGCGAAGACUCCGAGUCGGAGCUGCGGGACGUUUUCUUCCAUCAGGAUGCCUACUUCAUAGUCUUUCAGCUAUCCGAACCACAGAUCAACUACUUUGUCGCGUUUGGCCUGCCCAUGGCCCGGCCGCCACAUGUCCCUUCCCCAUGA